UGCACAUCAAUGCCACAUAUCAGUGCCCAUCUGAGCUGCCUUUCAGUGUCACCUAUCAGUGCCACCUUUCAAUGCCAGUAAGUGCCACCUAUCAGUGCUGCCAAUCAGUGCCACCUAUCAGUGCCAGUCAGUGUCGCCUGUCAGUGUGCAUCAGUGCCGCCUAUCAGUGCCCCCUAAAAGUGCCAGCCAGUGCCACCUAACAGUGCCAGUCAGUGCCGCCUAUCAGUGCCAGUUAGUGCCACCUAUCAGUGCCACCUGUCAGUG